AGCCAUCUCUCCGUAUGGACAUGUCGGACGUCGCAGUGCGCCACUCGGUUGCUCUUUCGAGUCUUAAUAUCCAUCACAUCGUCGAUCUAUCUCCCACAGCUGUUUCAAUUGCCCGCGAAGUUCGCUACUGCGUCAUUGCCGUGGUGGUUGGGUGGAUCACCACUCGCGUUGUUUCCGAGCUGUCAACUCGCCGGCGAACCGGGGAUCGUUAAGUUGCGAAGACGUAUACGCAACGCAGAGUACUUGAUUCGGUGGCACAAUGAGGGUCCUAGCGUCGUUUGCGACUCUGGUGGCCGCUGUCAGUGCUCAAUCGGUGAUUGAGAGCUCCAGCUUUGGCUAUGGACAGAGCAUAUCGCCAAGUAGCGACUACCUUCCCGGCUGGUUAACGGGAGGAGAGGGUCAUGUUCCCCAGAUUCUAUCCGACAAACUCAUCUUGACGCCUCCUUAUCCUGGUAACACGAGGGGUUUCCUCUGGUCCCAAACACCCGUUUCACAAUCUGAGUGGACGGCAGAGUUUCAAUUUAGGGCCAGCGGCCCUGAAAGAGCAGGCGGUAAUCUCCAGCUAUGGUACACAAAGGAUGGACAAGACAAGAUUGGUACUUCUAGUAUCUACACUGUGGGCCAGUUCGACGGCUUUGCUUUGGUCAUUGAUUCGCAUGGGGGCAGAGGUGGGAGCAUCAGAGGUUUCCUGAACGACGGUACAACAGACUAUAAGAGUCACCGGAGUGUGGACAGUCUGGCUUUUGGUCACUGUGCCUAUCCCUACCGGAACCUGGGACGCCCCUCUAUUCUUCGUGUGAAGUACACCCAAUCGGUUUUGGAGGUCACCGUUGAUGACAAGCUGUGUUUUCAAACCCCAAAGGUGGCUCUGCCUGAGGGAAACACGUUUGGCAUCACAGGCGCAACCCCAGAGAACCCUGACUCGUUCGAAAUCUUCAAAUUCGUCGUGUCAUCUUCCAGUUCCGGUUCAUCUGGGAGCAUUCCAGUCCUGCAGGAGAGCAGUCAGCAGGGGAACAACCAGCAAGGGAGCAGCCAGCAGCCUAUCGUUGUGCGAAACGCCCAAGAACCUGUUGUGCAGACAACGGACUCACAGGCUACGCCCCAGCAACUGGUCGACAUUGGCAACCGUCUCCAGCUGGUCGACCAGGCUACUAAUACCCUCGUUCGCGAUGUCGCCGGUCUGGCCUCCAAGUUCGAAGACCGCCAUGCGGAAGCUAUGCAGCAAAUGGCGACCAAGGACCGGGUGGCCAGCAUUGAUGCUCGUCUCCAGCGGAUCGAACAGGCGCUGGCAGCCAUCCAACGUGAUCUCGAACGCAAGGACUACAGCAGCAGCUUCAGCCAAUUGCACGAAACCCUCAAAACGUCUCAUCUCAGCCUGCACGAAGCUCUCCAUGAUUCUCUUCGGAACAUCAUCACGGCCGCGAGCCCUAGAAUGGGAUUCUUCAUCUGCAUGAUCAUCGCCUUCCAGCUUGUCCUAGUCAUCUCGUACGUCAUCUACAAACGCCGGCGCGCCAACAUGCCGAAGAAAUUUCUCUGAUCCGGGAGUUUUUUUUCUUCCUUGUUUCCCCGAUACUGGGUCGGCCUUGCUGGAAGAUGGAUGAAUUGCGUCCCCUGUCUAUUUCGGUGUUUUUCUUUUUCAAACAGACUUACGGUUGCUGGAG